GUCGCCCCCUUGGGAAAGUACAUAUCUGGGAGCAGCAGGCGGCUCCGCGCUCGCACUCCGGCUCGGCCGCCCCACCGUGCACUCGCCUCGCCGCUCCCGCCGCAGCCCCAGGGCCCCUCGCCACCGCCACCAUGGACGCCAUCAAGAAAAAGAUGCAGAUGCUCAAGCUCGACAAGGAGAACGCCUUGGAUCGAGCCGAGCAAGCCGAAGCCGAUAAGAAGGCGGCGGAGGACAGGAGCAAGCAGCUCGAGGAGGACAUCGCGGCGAAGGAGAAGCUGCUGCGGGCGUCGGAGGACGAGCGGGACCGGGUGCUGGAGGAGCUGCACAAGGCGGAGGACAGCCUCCUGGCCGCGGAUGAGGCCGCCGCCAAGCUGGAAGAUGAGCUGGUGUCGCUGCAAAAGAAACUCAAGGCCACUGAAGAUGAACUGGACAAAUACUCCGAGGCUCUCAAAGAUGCCCAGGAGAAGUUGGAGCUGGCAGAAAAAAAGGCCACGGACGCUGAAGCCGAUGUAGCUUCUCUGAACAGACGCAUCCAGCUGGUUGAGGAAGAGUUGGAUCGUGCCCAAGAGCGACUGGCAACAGCUUUGCAGAAGCUGGAGGAGGCUGAGAAGGCAGCAGACGAGAGCGAGAGAGGCAUGAAAGUCAUUGAAAGUCGAGCCCAAAAAGAUGAGGAGAAAAUGGAAAUUCAGGAGAUCCAACUGAAAGAGGCCAAGCACAUCGCUGAAGAUGCCGACCGCAAGUAUGAAGAGGUGGCCCGUAAGCUGGUCAUCAUUGAGAGUGACCUGGAACGCGCGGAGGAGCGGGCCGAACUCUCAGAAAGCAAAUGUGCCGAGCUUGAAGAAGAAUUGAAAACUGUGACGAACAACCUGAAGUCACUGGAGGCUCAGGCUGAGAAGUACUCGCAGAAGGAAGACAAAUAUGAGGAAGAGAUCAAGGUCCUUUCUGACAAGCUGAAGGAGGCCGAGACUCGGGCUGAGUUUGCAGAGAGGUCAGUAACUAAAUUGGAGAAAAGCAUUGAUGACUUAGAAGAGAAAGUGGCUCAUGCCAAAGAAGAAAACCUUAGUAUGCAUCAGAUGCUGGAUCAGACUUUACUGGAGUUAAACAACAUGUGAAAACCUCCUUAGCUGCGACCACAUUCUUAAAUGUUGCUCUGUUGUUUUGUUUUGUUUUGUUUUGUUUUGAAACACCAUGCUUACCAUGAAACCCCUUAAAUGCAUUUUUAUUUACUUUUACACUGUCACAGUAAACAUCCACGAAAUACCAGCUAGAUCAGGGGAUGGGGAAAACACACACACACACACAUACACAGGCGAGCCCGUGGCAGGGCCAUAGUGACUUAAAAGUGCCAUUUCCCAGGUUGCCAUUGCCACACUUCAUAGAGAGUUUUGCAACACAGGGUACUCAGCCAGCCCAGGAAUCCUCACGAAAGCAGAAAGAUUUCCACUCAAAAGUGCCAACGAUGUAUUCAACAGGCAGAUUAAUGUUGAAAACACAAUCAGGUGUGGAUUGGUGCUACUUUAAACAAAAAGCCCCACUGUGGUCUUUCGUUCAAUAUUGUACAAUUUAGAAUUCUGUCCAACACUAAUUUAUUUUGUCUUGAGUUUUACUACGAGGUGAGGCUGUGGGUCCUGUAUGCCUGAAUUCACUAAAGCCAGGGAUGUGUAAGGCACGCUGCUCUUGUAAGACUUCUGUCUCCUCCUCAUUGGCACACUUGCGGCUCAUUACAACUUGUAGGAUAGCAUUCAAUGUGGUUUUCCACUCUCCAUUUCUCCAUGUUAAAAUAAAAGAUUUAGGCACUACGUACAAUUGGUAAAGGAAAAACAUUUAAGAGUUUUAACUAUAUGUAAACAUUGUAUAAUGGUAUGGAAUAAAAUGCACACUGUAGGACAUUUUCUAAA